CUGCUAGCUCCAGCUGUUAAUGAGUUGUCUUUGGCCGUCUUCUUCGUCGUUGUCUUCGUCAUAUUUGUUGUCGUUGUCGUUGUUGCUGUUGCUGUUACUGUUGCUGUUGGUUAUAGAAAAAGAGAAAAUGUGCUGCCAAUUGCACAAUAGCUGAAAACAAUAAAUCGGACAAAACAGUUUUCGCCAAAAAACAAAAAACCAAAAAACAAAAAAAGCAAAGAAACCAGGAAGCGACAACAAUUUGAAAAUUUGGAUUUUUUGGAGUGGGAAGUUUGGGGCAGCACAGACAGAUGCCGCCGCACAGAUGGACGGACGAGUCACGCGACGCCUCCUGCUACUACGGCAACGUCGGACGCUCAGCCUCCGAUGCGGAUGACGAUGAUACGGAGGCGGAUGACGAGCAGGAGGCCUUCUGCGACGGUGACAGGCCACUAAUCAGACCUGCUGCUGAUGAUGCUGGCGAAGAUGAUCUGCUGCAGACACGUCACAUCUUUGGGCUGAUGGGCUUCCUCGGCUUUGCCGUCGUCUAUGCGAUGCGUGUGAAUCUCUCUGUGGCCAUUGUGGCCAUGGUUAACCAGACUGCCAUUCCACACAACAAUGGCUCCAUUCUUGGCAACGAUACGUGUAAAAUGCCACCUUCUCCCUCUCCUUCAUCAUCAUCAUCAUCAUCAGCAUCGUUUUGGGAUCAGGAUGAGUAUGAUCGGCAGGAUGAGAAGGGUGAAUUUGUGUGGGAUGAGGCGACGCAGGGUUUGGUCCUUGGCAGCUUCUUCUAUGGCUAUGUGCUGACCCAGGUGCCUGGUGGUCGCAUGGCUGAGCUGUUUGGCGGCAAACGGAUCUAUGGCUAUGGUGUCCUAAUCACUGCAAUCUUCACAUUGCUCACUCCACUGGCGGCCCACUGGGACUUGCCACUGCUGAUUGCUGUCCGCGUCCUGGAGGGCAUGGGCGAGGGCGUCACAUAUCCGGCGAUGCAUGCGAUGCUGGCACACUGGAUACCACCGCUGGAACGGAAUAAGUUCGCGGCAAUUGUUUAUGCCGGCUCCAAUAUUGGCACCGUUAUAUCCAUGCCACUGACGGGUUGGCUCUGCUCGCAGAAAUUCCUCGGCGGCUGGCCAUCGGCCUUCUACAUCUUUGGUGUGAUGGGAUUGGUGUGGUUCGGUGCCUGGAUGUAUCUCGUCUACGAUAAGCCCAGCGAGCAUCCGAGAAUUUCACGCAAGGAACGAGCUUAUAUUGAACGCAUGCUGCAUGUUCAGUCGCAGCCGGAGCACAAUCACGUUGACGAUGUGGAUGAGGAUGAGGAGCAGGAGCGUGACCGUGACCAAGAACUGGAUGAGGUGGAUGUGGUGGAGGUGGAGGAGGAGGAGGAAGAACAUGAAGCUAUACCGUGGCGUCAUCUGGCCACCAGCGUUCCACUGUGGGCCAUCCUACUGACGCAGUGCGGCCAGAGUUGGGCAUUCUACACACAGUUAACCGAACUGCCAACCUACAUGAACAACAUCUUGCACUUUGACAUCCAGUCGAAUGCACUGCUGAAUGCCGUACCCUAUCUGACCUCCUGGUUCAUGGGCAUCGCGUGCUCCGCUCUGGCGGACUGGAUGCUCGCCCGUCGCCACAUCACCUUGCUCAACUCGUACAAGCUGUGGAACACGAUUGCGUCGGUGGUGCCCUCGUUGGGCCUGAUUGGCAUCAUCUAUGUCGGCUGCGAUUGGGUUUGGGUAACGUUCAUGCUCGCUGGGAUUGGAUCAUUUGGCGGCGCCGUUUACGCUGGCAAUCAAAUGAAUCAUAUCGCGUUGAGUCCCCGAUUUGCUGGCACCAUGUAUGGCAUAACCAAUUCGGCGGCGAAUAUGUGUGGCUUCCUUGCACCGUAUGUGGUUGGGCUGAUCAUCAAUCAUCGGGAGACGCUCACCCAGUGGCACAUUGUCUUCUGGCUGGCGGCGGGCCUAAAUAUCGCUGGCAAUUUCAUCUAUCUCAUUUUUGCCAGCGCCGAUGAGCAGAGCUGGUCACUCCAACCUCCAACAAGAGUUAACAGAGGCGCUGGUUCAGCCUCCGCCUCAACAUUGCGCAUCUAGCAACGGGUACCUAUAAAUCAAUAAGACGACCUUAAUCGUUAAUCCUCCCUUAUUUAGUGCAUAAGCAGAAGUGUGAUAAUUCCGUGCGGAAUAUGUUAUUAAGUUCCCAAAAUGAUGACAAUGACGAUGACGAUGACGAUAAUGAUAAUGAUAAUGAUGCAGUAUUCUUUCCGAGUGUAGCCAACCAAUUAUCGAGCAAAACACAUGCGUCUAACAAACUAUUAGUUUCCAGGCUUCCAGUGACUUUCCAGUUUUGAUCAUUUAACAGGACAUGUGACAGUUCGCAAUCCAACAAAGCUAACUUAAAGCUACAACUUCCAUUGACUUUCCAACGGAUGUAAGAUGGACAUCUUCUAGACCAUCCAGCGAGUCGCAGCGAGCUCCAGUGCAUCCCUGGUUGACUCUUAGCUACCAGCAGCACUUGUCGCUUUCCAGUAGCCAACACUUUCCAAGAAACAACUUGGAUUCAAAUGCACCGCUUUUAAUGAGCUUUUCCAGCAGCUUCUAGUGAGCUUCCAAUAAUUCUCCAAUAAUCAAAGAGUUUCCAAUCCAAAUGCUAGAUGGGUUCACAGUACCUAAAAACACCGCUCUUGGCUAUGACUAUUUUAACCAAUUGUUAACAACGGACUGUGUUUUGCUAGACGUUUUGAUAUCAAUAUAUUCGUUAUACGAUAAACGAUAUACGAUAUACGAUAUACGAUAUAUAUAUAUAUAGAUACAUAUACGAUAUACAAUACAUAUGAGAAACUAGGGUCUAGCGUUGACCCACAUAGCUUUAGUGCGGCUCCUAGCCUGCCGAACGAAAUUAUACAAAUUAUAUACCAUAUACAAAAUGUAUUCCGAUAUUUAUAUACACAUACACACAUAUAUAGAUAUGUAUAUAUUGCCUUACAUAUAAGCUACAUAUGUAUGUACAUAGCAUCCGAGGCAUUUGAAUGUUAUUUGUGAUGUAACUUUGAAAUAAUAAAAACGCACAAGCAUAUCAUAGAUUUUGAA